CCCGCCUCGCGAGACUUUGGCGGCGCAGCAAUGGCCAGAGCAUGCCGCGUCACUGCUCGGCCGCCGGCUGCUGCACUCGGGACACCCGCGAGACGCGCAACCGCGGCAUCUCCUUCCACAGACUCCCCAAGAAGGACAACCCGAGGCGAGGCUUGUGGCUGGCCAACUGCCAGCGGCUGGACCCCAGCGGGCAGGGCCUGUGGGACCCCGCGUCCGAGUACAUCUACUUCUGCUCCAAACACUUCGAGGAGAACUGCUUUGAGCUGGUGGGAAUCAGCGGCUACCACAGGCUGAAGGAGGGCGCCGUCCCCACCAUAUUUGAGUCUUUCUCCAAGCUGCGCCGCACGGCCAAGACCAAGGGGCACAGCUUCGCGGCCGGGCCGCCGGACGUCAGCAGGCUGCGGCGAUGCAGGAAGCGCUGCUCUGAAGGCCGAGGGCCCACGACCCCGUUCUCUCCACCCCCACCCGCCGAUGUCGCCUGCUUUCCAGUGGAAGAGGCCUCAGCACCUGCCACUUUGUCAGCAUCCCCAGCCGGGAGGCUGGAGCCAGGCCUCAGCAGCCCCUUCUCUGACCUCCUGGGCCCCCUGGGUGCCCAAGCCGAAGAAGCAGGCUGUAGCGCCCAGCCAUCGCCAGAGCCCCAGCCCUCGGCACUCGAGCCCCGGCCUGUGUCCCCAUCGGCCUACAUGCUACGCCUGCCGCCGCCUGCCGGAGCCUACAUCCAAAACGAGCACAGCUACCAGGUGGGCAGCGCACUGCUCUGGAAGCGGCGGGCCGAGGCGGCCCUGGACGCCCUGGACAAGGCCCAGCGGCAGCUGCAGGCAUGCAAGCGGAGGGAGCAGCGGCUGCGCCUGCGGCUGACUAAGCUGCAGCAGGAACGGGCACGGGAGAAGCGGGCACAGGCCGAUGCCCGGCAGACUCUGAAGGAGCACGUGCAGGACUUUGCCAUGCAGCUGAGCAGCAGCAUGGCCUGAGUCGGGGCUGGGCACGGGGGCUGCAAUAAAGUACAUUCCUGCA